GAAAUUAUCAGAUGAAUUGAAAUUUGAGUUUCAAUGCAGUUAUUUCGAAAGGCUUAAUUUUAUCUUUUUAACCAACCACGAAAAUUCAAAAAGCAGUACAAGGAAUUAGAUCUAUACAUGAAGACAACACGUACGAGAUGGCAGCCUAACUUUACAAUAAGCUUUUGUACAUUUCACAGAAAUAAUUACUAAUGAUAAUAUAUUUGUUGCAGAAUUCCAGUUUUACAGUCACAAAGAUUGUAAUUGUCUCAGAAGGCAGCAAAGAAAUGAGCAAGCCAGCCAUACGAAAGAAAGAAAAAACGAAAUCCAAAGCACAAUACCACGAUAGCACGCCUUACAUUUCCCACGUACCCGGAUGGGAAGAUGAGGGAUACAAUGAGAUCGUUGUAAAAAUGAAAAGCGAUAAAGAUAAAAAACCUCAGACUAAGCAAGAGUAUAUAAAUGGAUUGAAAGAUACUUAUGCAUAUAAUGGGAAUCAUAAGGUAAAUGAGAAUGGAAUGGAGCACUUUUUAAGUACUGAAUACAGAAACGCAGAGAAUAAAGAAAGCAUGUUGGUCGAAAUCCAGCCCGAAUCAGUGGGAUUUUUGGAGAGCCGGAAGGAAAUUAGUGAUUUGCGUACACAAAUUGAAAAACUCUCGGCUUUUGUGGAGAAUUCAGAGGAGCGUCGUGAGCAAGCGGAAGCACUGCACGUUCAGCAGCAAGAGGAGCUUUUACAACACAUACGUGAGAAAGAGGUGCUUGAAAACCAAGUUUGCUGUAUCGAAGAGCGUCGACGUCAACUGCAGAAAAUGGUUGAUGAAGUCUACGAAGAAAAUAAAUCUUUGAAGCUCGCUCUAAAAUCAAGCGAUGAUAAAAUUAUCGAGGAAAAAGAGCAAGUGAAAGUUUUAAAAGACGAGUGGACAGCGGAGAUCGCCAAAAAUCUUCAACUAGAGUUAGAAUUAAAAACAAUCCGAGAAGAGUUGGGGGGAACAGGUGUAUUACAACACAACAGACAAAAAGCAGUGAAUGACGUCAGCACUGUACAAGAUGGCCAAUCACAGGGUUUCGAACCUAGUCCUCCGAUAAAAGUUAGCGAAAUGAAAGUAGAUUUGUUUUGUAUAGAAAUACAGGAAAUGGAAAAAUUCAGAAAUAAUUUUGAUUCAAACGUGGAACAAAAGCAAUGGAUGAUGUGUAAAACAACGCAAGAGGAAAUGCAUUUACCAAAGACCAAUUAUUCUGGUGUCAUUCAACAUGAUGAUUGCCAUUGGAUACACGAGAAAAAACAGUUCGAAGGAAAGAUGACGUUGCUUGAAAUGGACAAGACGAAAAUGCGUUCACACAUUAAGAUAUUGGAGGAGAAACUAUUCACACAGGAAAACCUUUUGAAGAAUUUACGAGAGAGAAACGAGUUGCUCGAGUUUCGUAAUUUUGAACUGGAGUAUGAACUUGUAGAGAAAACAAUGAAACAAUAGAAAAAAUAAUAAGUGAAGAAAAGAAGGAAGGAGGAGAACAUUUUGCUACUGUGUUUUAUUUUUAAAGCUUGCAUCACCUUCUCACUACAGUUACGAUAAAGAACUGAAAUAAUCAGAAAAACCAUUUAACAGCUAUAGUGGGUGAUAAAUGUUUCAUGUAUUUCACAUCACUUGACCGUUGUUUAUAGACGAUAAUUUAUCGACUAAACUCUCCAAGAAAACGUUUUUUUACAAUUGUAUAAUUUCAAACCCAGCAUUUCAAUUUAAAAAACCCUUGUAA